UUUCCGAGCCCGACUGCCUAGAAACAGAUUGCCCUGUCUCGCAUUAGUAACUAUCCUCGGAGCAGGUCAGAUGAUAGAGGAACAACGAUCAUAAUUCCGCUAACACGGGAUGCUGACGCCAUGAUCGAAAUGGCUUGCUUGCCACCCUGUGCUUCCUCACUGUAGCCUGUCCGGAGUCUAGGGUGACCGGUUUUCCAUCUGUAUUAUACCGAUGGAGACAGUAGUAAAUCAAUAGAAACAGCCAUACAGUUACCACCAGGUUGCUGUGUCCAGGCGUCAUCUGCCUCUCUGAUAUUAUUAAAAUCCUUACUUGGGCCAAACGACAGCUCAUUCAGCACCCUGCGGACUUUUGGUGGACCUCAUGUUGUUCGUAGUAUGGUUCAUGUGAACAAUGAGGUGUACAAGAAGCACCAUCCGUUCAGUAUCCUUUCUAGUUGGCCCUUUGACUGCCAGCAAGAAAAUGGACCCUUCCCAGCGACAGAUACGAAGCUAUGAGCCCAAAAGUCCGAAUGGGCCAUUCCCUUACUCGUCGACGGAUCUCACCCCUGUGGAUCCUGGGCACGACUCAAUGUUCUACGACGUGCCCCGUUUUGUGGCGCAUAUCGAUGCCAAUGCCAUCAACAGAUUGUCAGCAUAUUAUGACCAAGUCCUGCCUCGCAAAGGACGGAUCUUAGACUUUUGUUCCAGUUGGAUCUCCCAUUAUCCCCGGAGUAUUCAAGAGGCUGCAGCGACCGGCUCGCUAGAUGUGCUUGGAACCGGCAUGAACGGCCCUGAGCUCAGUAAGAAUCCAGUAUUGAAGCAUUGGGCUGUACAGGACCUCAAUGAGGAGCCAGAGGUACGAUUGCCCGGGCCGAGUGGAGGAAACCUGGACGCCUCGACGUGUGUGGUUUCCAUCGACUACCUGACCAAACCAGUGGAUGUUCUUCAAGGUAUCCGAAAGCAAACAAAGGAAGGUGGCAAGGUGCAUCUGAUCAUCUCAAACCGAUGCUUUCCAACGAAAGUGGUAGGACGGUGGUUGAAGGUGGACAAGGAACAAAGGCUGGAAAUGGUGGCCGAUUAUUUGUGGUGGAGUGGAUGGAGGAACAUCGAGAUCGAAACGCUGGUGGAGGGAACGUGGAUGAAGGACCCGUUGUGGGUGGUUAGAGCAGAGAAUGUAGUUGAAAGCGUCGGAUAGAGAGAUGCUGCGCAAGUUGAUAUCAGAAAUAUCUGUUCAAGCAAGGCUGAGGGCGCAAGGCUGAACACGCGGAGGGGCACAGCUUCAUCCUAUUCCCAGGUAGGGCAUGACCCAACUUGCUUGCCGCACUUUUAACAACUGGGUUUCUCCCGUCAACGUAUCGGCAGCCAAGCUUCAUGAGGACCUGCAUCAGCGGACACUCUUCCUUCCUGUUUUCCAUCACUGCAUGAUUGGGUAGGCACCUGUCCCAUCCAGUGAAGGGGGCCUUGAGGCGUGUUUCAAAGUUGGAUUGCUGCCCGGUGACUGCAUCACUCCCAUCGGUUCAUGAGCACCCGUGUGCAGACAGUAUGUCAGGGUAGACAGUAUAAGUGGUGGCAUCAGGUGCUGCAUAACCUUGAGGCUCUGUACAAAGAGCAG